AUGUUCCGUCGUCUCUGGUCUGGUCUGCCUAAGGACCCCCUAUUUGUCUCUGACCUCAAAGCGCUUGGCUACUAUGUCAACGACAAAGAUGAGAUUCGUCUCAUCGCCAACCCAAAGUUCUACUUCAAGUUCUUCUUCUACCGCAAUGAUCGCUUUAAUGAGCGUCAGCGCUUCCACUUCAAUGAGGCUGUCGAGUGUCUUGUUCACAAGCGCCUUGAGGCCGAGGGUCUGCAAAAGAUCAUCCUGCCUUUUGGUGCCGAGACUUCUGACCCUCAUAUCCCCAUCUUCGUGAGCAAGGACAUCGAGUCGAAGUCCCGCGUCAUUGUCAUCUUCGGCCAGAGUGAGCAGGAGCUCGGUGUCCUCGCCCAUCGCGUGAUUGGCGGCAUGGGCGGCGUCAACAAAGGCAGCAUGACCUCUGUCGUCAAGGCCAUCAAUGAGCAGACCAGCAGCAAGCACAACUCCGAGCCCCCCGGCAUCAUCCUCGCCAACAUGGGCGCGUUGUGGUGGUGGCCCGAAGGUAAGCGUGCCCUCAACAGCCGCAGCAGCCAGGCCGUCCCCAUGAAGAGCGCCGUCCACCUCGGCCGCUACUACGACCCGAAGGUCAAUGCCGUCGAGGGCAACGCUACUCCCGAGCAGCACGUUGCGUACAUUUUCGAUGAGGUCCUUCCGAAGCUUGUGAACAACCAGGCGCGGCUUGAUGUUGUUGUCCUGGGCGAUGCGACUCAUUUUGUGGAGUGGCAUCUCAACGACGAUAGCAAGUGGGCGGCUUGGGGCCCGCGCAUGAACAGUCUGUCGAUUGUGGGCGGCUCGUACGACAAGAAGUAUGUGGAGUGUGAUGGGCUGAAGCAGUUCCUGCCUGAGAAAGCUCGUGCCUGGGCCAUCUCCUCUGAGGAGCUGGAUAAACCCCUGUCCGGCCCCGAUGGUAACCCGAAUACAUCGACCUUCACCAACCUCGGCUGUCCGGUCUUCAGCAGCGGCGAGCCGUACUUGAUCGAGACAGCAUUCAUUCAGUGCCACAAGUCUGUGCUCAAGUUCAUCCAGGAGGUCGCCAACACCACUGACUACACGAACCCGGAGAUCGUCGUGACGUUCGCCGACAUCGAGGAGGGUGGAGAUGCUUGGGGUGAGGAGACUGAUGAGAAGAAGCUCGAGAUCAUGACGAAGGAUGAGUUCAACGACAUGGUGAAGUCUGAUGAGGCAACCCCGCCCAAGGAUGCGAAGAAGGAGGACGAUGAGGUCUAG